GAUUCUCCCAGAAUCGCAGUGCAGGAUGUGGAGGAAGUGAAGGCAGAAAUCUCGCUUCCACACGAGACGGCGAUGCGGCAUCGCCAAUCAGAUCUGCGGCUGCAGCCGGAGAAGCCACGCUCCGAAGCGCCGCGCCCCAGCGGUCGGCUGGCGGAGCCCAUCCGGCUGAAGGCGAAGAGGGCAAGCUUCGCUGCGCAGCCUCGCUCCUCACGUCGAACUUCCUUUGCAGAUUCCAGAAACGAGAGGUCGGAUCCCGAGUCGGACGAACCUCAAGCAGCUCAACCCGGACCCGGUCGCCGUUCACAUGACAGCCAGAGGUCUUCACUCCGAUCCUCAAGAUCCAGCGAAGACGGGGUUAAAGAGACCGAAGCCCGAAACGGAUUCAAUGCAGGCAGAGGACGCCGGACCCUGUUCUUCGACAAAUCGCCCGAGGAGAUGGAGGCGAUGUUCCAAGAGGCACUGAACGAGAGCGAGGAGGAGGACGAGUCGCACACCGCAGUCAGCAUCGAAGGUGGUCAGCAGUCAUGCUGCAGCUUGGCCGAGAGAGUCCGCAACAAGACGAAGCAGAUACUUGAGACGGACUUCUUUGAGAUGUUCGUCUCUGGCCUCAUCCUCUGCAAUGUCGUGGUCAUGUGCUGUGCUGCGCAGUACCGCGGCUUGGAUCUUGGCUACACCAUCCUCUACCCGAGGAUGACCAGCAAAGCGGAAGACAUUUGGCCAGGCGGCCAAGAAGCCCUUACGCAUAUCGACAAAGCCUUCACCAUCGUGUUCUUCCUUGAGCUGUUCUUGCGGCUGUUGGUCUACCGACUCUCCUUUUUCCUGCUUGCGUUGAACUGGCUGGACUUCUCGGUGGUCUUUUUCUCCGUCUUUGAGCUGCUAGCCCGGCUCCUCUACCGCCCCUCGGAGAAGCGUGGAGAGCACAGCCUAGGAUGGAAGCGCCUGCAAAAGCAUCAGCAACAGGAGGAGGAGGAGGAGGAGGAGGAGGAGGAGUGGGAGUGGGAGUUUGUUUUGCGGCUGGUGCGCCUGGCCAAGCUCGCACGCGGUCUCCGGGUGGUGCGAAUGGCCAGGGUCAUGGACUCGCUUCACUUGCUGCUGAAGAGUAUUGGCGCCAGCUUCUCGAUGUUGCUUUGGUCCAUGCUGCUCAUCGGCGUCAUACAAUGCACCGCUGGUAUGAUCAUUGGGUAUUUGGUAAUGGAUCAUCUGGAACGAGAUGCCUCGCAGUCGGAGGAAGUGCGUCAUCUGAUUUACAGGUAUUAUGGCACAUUCAGCUACACCAUCCUGACGAUGUUUGAAGUGAUUUUCGCCAACUGGCCUAUCCCUUGUCGCGUCCUUGUGGAUCAUGUGGAUGAAUGGUACUCGAUUUUCUUUAUCAUUUACCGCUGUGGCGUGGGCUUCUGUGUGCUGAACGUUGUUGGUGCGGUUUUUGUUCAGCAGACUAUGAAAUUGGCAGCGGAUGACAACGAUCUCUUCUUGCAGCAGCAGACACGUGCGGCUGAAGCCUACACGAGAAAGAUCAAGGAUGUGUUCACGAAGCUCGAUAUGUCAGGUGAAGGUUACAUUUACAUGGAGGAGUUCGUGGAGAUCCUCAACACCCCAACGAUGUCGCAUUUCAUGGCCAAGCUGGAGCUCGAAUCUACCGAUCUGCUCAGCCUCUUCAAGCUGAUCGAUGUGGACGACAGCGGGCAGGUCUCCCUGGAGGACUUCAUGACCGGCUGCCAGCGACUAAAAGGCCCCGCCAAGAGUGUCGACUUGGCUCUGCUUCUGGCGCACACGGCACGGCUCAACUGCAAAGUGGACAAUGUCCUCCAGCUGGUCGGUGGAGAGACUGGCAUGGAAGACUGGGGAUAUGGAGCGGCUGGAGAUCAAAACUUGGAGCUGCGCUUCCUUCACUCAGCAUCCACCCUGAGGCCUUCGCUGACA